AUGAGCUCGCCGAAGCUAAACGAACGGUGCCCCAGUGCCAUAAGCAUCAGCAGGAAACACCUGAGUGCCGAAUCUAAAGAAGAUUCCCUCGAUAAUUCGAUUCGUGAGUCGAUAAAGUCUGAGAGAGCAGGAAAAGAAGAAGACUGCAGAAGACGCACAAUUAUUGUCGAAAAAAAGAAUGGCAGUUACGGGUUCACAUUGCAAAGUUACGGCAUUCAUUAUAAAAAGGAGCAAGAAAUAGAAGUCAUCACGUAUGUCGACCACGUGGAGCCCGAGGGACCAGCGGCGCUGGCCGGCAUGAGGGAAGGUGACGUCAUCCUCUCGAUCAACGGCAACGAUGUCGAGAGGGCUGAUCAUACCUCCAUAGUCGCGGCCAUCAACGCCUGCGACUCGCGCAUGCGCAUAGUCGUAAUCUUUGAAGAUUGCGUCCGCAAAGUCGAGUUGCACCUCAAAUACAUCAACAUACAACGCGCCCUACAAGUCAAGAUGCGAGAACUAGACCAGCUAUCCAUCCGAGAGAGGCAAGUCUUCGACUCAAACUGGAAAACCCACAGCCUACCAUCACAGAAGAAAAAAUCUUCACCCUCCGAAAUUAUCUCCGACUCAGAGGAAGCCGUCCCAGACAGCAUAGGCAACUCCUACUGCCGGCCCACGCUGUCCAGCGAAAAUGUCACAACAGCCAAACCCCCACAACCCAGCGUGUUUAUGUACCAGUAUUUAGAUCCUAGAUAUGGAACAUGCAUUAUACAACCCAACAUGCAUACGGGCAGCUUCGUGAUCACAGUCGGCUCCCCACGAAACAGGCGUGACUGCCAUCACUACGUCGUGAAGGCGAGCGGCGAAUGCCACCGCGCCUCUGAAGCUUAUAAAAUUCCAAAUGGGAAGCACAGCAAGCCGCACAGAAGCCACAAUCAUAGCUGCAGUCCUUGUAUGCCCGCUCACAAUAACCAAGAUGCAAACAGCCUCGAAGCGUACGAUCUGGCCAGCCCUUGUUGCGAUCCGCACUGCGUCCCGAACGCUAGAAAAAAGAUUCGAAGAAAGAAGGAAUGCUCUAAGGAGCACAAACGGAAAGAGAAGUAUCAGCAAAUCGAUAAAUCAACGCAGAAGACGGAGUGCAAUCAUUCCCACUCGAAGAAAGUGUGCUCGUCUGGGCAUUGUUCAAACCGCUACCGAUACUUAGCCACCGAGUCCACACAGACGAGUCAAUGCAGCCUGCAGUCAUUUGCAACUAGCAACGCGACCGUCCCUUGUGACAAUUCCGUGUCCAGUUAUAGCACCUCGUUGAGUAGCGACACUCUGUUCUGGGAGAAUGAUAGAUCAGAAGCGAAGUCUUCGCCGAAGAUACAGUACCAAAGCGCACAUCAGCACGUCAAGCCAAAGUCUUGGGACAAUCUGGCGACGAAGGCGAUCGGCGGAUAUGGUUUUGGCUAUGGUUAUCUCGAAACAACAAAGCAUCCGAACCGGUCAAAGAGUCACGGACGAACUCACAGCGGGCGGAGCACGCAGAGUCACCACGAGUAUCACCAUUCGCAAGAGAAACACGCACACAGACAGAGCGGCACGCCGCACCACUACCAGACGUAUAUCAGGCAUAACCACAACUGUCCACCGACGAAAUCGACGGAGAGUUUAAUAGUGGUUCCCAAGUACCAGAUAGAUAGCGGCGGGUCGGGCUGCGAAUGCGGGGACAAUGUGGAUUACUACAGACGCGCAGCAGCCAAAAGCCCAGCCGAAACGCAUUCGGCCUAUUACAGCCAACGCUUCGUGUACCCCAGCCAUUCGUACAAGAAGAAGGACUCGAACGUCAGCUCGGAAAUAACUCGAUUGUAA